AUGCCAACGCCCAGUAUUGAGACCCAGGAAGUAGCUGUUCAUCAGCAAUCAUGCAGCUCUGUUCCAGAGACUAAUUUCAAUAGUCUUUCGGAUGAUCAAGACUUGACACAAUCGUCAACUAGGAGUUCAUCUAUAUUAGGACAAUCAUUUGAUGUCCUGAACAACACGUCAUCUUGUGCCACAUACAACAGAACUGGUCCAGAUGUCCAGUUGCAACAGAGGGUGGAGGCUGUUGAGUUAGAAUUGUCAAAGUGCUGGGCCUAUAUUCAUCAGCUUCAGAACCAAGUUUCCUGGCUGUAUAAUCAACAGCAGAUGAAUACCGUCAACUAUGGAAACCAACCUUGCUCUUCAGGUGCAACCACUAUCACAGAGUCAACGCCAGUUCAAGAUGCUGUAACAACUAACCAAAUGAAGGCCACAUCUUUAGAAAAUAGACCAACAAGCCUGGACACAACUACAACUACUGGCCAGAUGUCCUACACCAAGGAACAAUUGAAGUCACUAUGCCAAGGCAUAGAUGAUUAUUCAAAGGCAGGAAAGCGUUUGUUUUUAAGGCUGUUCAAAAGAGAGGAAUAUGUAGGGAGGAGCCUGACUGGGAAAGCGCCAAACAGAAGCACUCCAGCAAAGCCCCGGAUUGAGGACAGAGAAAAAUUACAACUUCUGUAUGAUGUGGUUGCUGAACUCUAUGGUGUCAGGAAGGAGUCACACAUCAACCGGGAGCUUGCUGACCUCCUCAAGCCAAGCCGAUGCCGAUGAGGAAAAUUAGCUGGUUUUAUAGUUCAUGAACAGUUUUCUGUAGUGUUGGGAGGAAAGCAAAUUAACAAUCAAUUAUUGAAAGGAAUACAGUGAACAAUUAAUUGAUCAAUCCAAAUAGUAUAUAUCUUCACUACUUUAAGAACAUGUAAUUUAUAGCAUUUCAUAUAGCACUUUGGACUUCAUUUAUCAUCUGCCAUUUUGACAAGGUGCUGUUAUGCAGUAUUUUCGUACAAUAGUCAAAAUCUAGUUAUCUUGAUUUAAGAGUAUACUUUCCUUUUCUCAAAAUAAGUGAUGACUCUAAUUUUUGUUGAAGUGGUCGAUUUUUGACUAUCAGAACACCACUAGUUUUCUGAAUUAAUAAAAUAACAGCAAUAAGAAUAAUUGUUUUA